AAUAACGAGCCACUUGAGCCUCUGAUGUUGCUUUCCGAGAGAAUAAACCUCUGAUUGAAACCGAGGCUUCAAAAUGAGCCAACCAAAAAAUAAGUUCGUUUCCGAGGUCACAGCCGUCAAGAAAAAGGGUCUCUUCGGACGAACAACACGCCGCGUAGGAGGAGGAGAACCUGUUCUCUCUGUGUCUCUCGAGAUGGCGAUGAAGGCCUCUUUCAAAGGAAGGUACGACAGCGACAAGACCAACGGCAUCGUAUCCGUCGCCUUCAACGCCGGAGAUGUCAAGCUACGCGCUACCAUGACCGACGCCACCGUCGUCGCUGGUCCCAGCUUGAACGGCCUCUCUCUCGCCGUCGAGAAGCCCGGAUUCUUCAUCGUCGAUUAUAAUGUCCCCAAGAAGGAUGUUAGGUUUCAGUUCAUGAACACGGUUAGAAUCGCAGAGAAGCCUUUGAAUUUGGUUUAUAUUCAUAACAGAGGAGACAACCGAACAAUUCUUGAGGGGAGCCUUGCAAUUGAUCCGGCGAAUAAGUUUUCGGCUAACUAUAUGGUCGGUACAAACAACUGUAAGCUGAAGUAUACUUAUGCUCAUGGAGGGAUAGCUACAUUCGAGCCAUCCUAUGACAUGGCGAAAAACACAUGGGAUUUUGCUGUUUCCCGGAAAAUUUACGAUGAUGAUGUUGUUAAGGCAACUUAUCAGACAUCUAGUAAAGUGUUGGGUUUGGAAUGGACGAGGAGCUCCAAGAUGAACGGAUCUUUCAAGGUUUGCGCCUCGAUGAAUCUAGCAGAGGAGGUGAAAACGCCGAAACUGAGCGCUGAAACGACAUGGAACCUCGAGAUUUGAUUUUCCGAUGCCCCCUUUUUCGCGACGGUAACUGUUGGUUUUUCCGACCAUAAGAAGGGUAAAAAUGAUAAACAAAACUCUCAUUUAAAGACUGCGGUCUUUCCCUCCAGGAAGUUGUUGAAACCCUCUUGUGUUUCUUCUUGAUACAUGCGUUUUCUUCCUCUAAGUUGUUCCUUUGGAUGAAAAAGUGAUCAUUUAUUUGUGUUAUACUGUUACCUUUCAAAUAUAUGGUUUCUAUGUUCAUUUA